AUGGCUAAAAGUCCUAGAAAGGCAACAAAGUACACGCGCAACAAGAGCGUAGCCAAAAGUGGGUCUCAAUAUCCCAAACAAGCAUCCAAAAAGAACCCUCGGCCUAUUGCUGGGAAGAACCCCAGUAAAUACUUCAACUAUAAUAACAAUAAGAAAGGCUCUAGAAACCGACGGUUUAGUAUAGCCGAGUCAUCGUCUUCGCUGUCAGACUCCAACAGUGGAUCAGAUGAUGAAGGCAACACCAUCUACCACAAUGUGCGAGGUCAUCACACUAGUGGAGGCAAACGGUUUGACAAGUACACUGCUACUGUUUUGUCGGAUGGAGAUUCAGACUCUUCAUUGACUGCAGUGUCCGAAGAAGACGAGAUAGAGGCUUCCAGAAGGGGUUCUUUAUUUGAAGAUAUUUCUCCUCGUAAGUCCAAAUCAAAGACAUCCAACCCUCGGUAUGCAAAGAAAAGAGCACCUAAGAAGACUUUUAACUGGAAAGCACAAUUUGAGAGGGGCCCAGCUUUUGACGAAGACGAAGACGAUGACGAGGAUGAUGACGAUGACAGCGAUUCCAAUGAAGAAGACGGCGAUAAUGAUGAUGACGAUGAUGAUGAAGACGACAACUACUCGGGAGAUGAGGCCAAGGACCCCUUAAAGGGACUUUAUGCUAUUUUGAACCAUCAAGCUCAAGCUUCCGACUCUGAUUCGGGUUCUGAAUCUGGGGAUAACGAUGACGAUGACGAAGAUGAAGAGGAAGAAUACGGGUACUCUUCUUCAGAUGAUUCUGAAGUAGACUUUGUGAGGUUACAAGCCGAGCAUAAGAAGAAGACGUUGAAUGCAGUCAUGGCCAUGAAUGGACAAUCAUCCCCAACGAAGCUUUCUAAGAAAGAGAAAAGGAAGAGCAUGUCUGAAGGAAUUGAUAAGAAGCUGCUGCAUAUGAAGAAAAGGCACUCUAUUGCCAAAAGUAAAUCGAAAUUUGGAAGACGAAAAUCAGAGGUUGCACUUCCAGAAGAUAUCAAUUUCUCUUUUGACUUUGAUGAUUUCAAUGAUGGUAAUAAUGUCAAUGAGAAGAAGAUUCAGCAGCAUAUUGACCUGCUUAAACGUACUGGAGAUGAUGAGUUUAAUGAUGAAGAAGAUAUUGGAGAAGAGGUUACUACCCCAGAUAAAGAAACCAAUGUUAAUGGUCAUGAUCUUGGAGAAUUACAAUUUGAUUUUGAUUUUGAAUCCCAACUACUUCCAGUUCCCAAGUUUAAAGAUGGUGAACUUAACUCCGACGAUGACUAUGAAAUAGAUGACAAUGAGUUAGUUGCUACUUUACAAGUUGAUGAUGAGGAUGAUCUUCUUCUUAAUGAAGGAAGCGUUAACCACACUCGGAAUAAUUCUAUCGGGUCCAUGGAUGAGGACAAAGACAGUGCAUUUUUGAAAGAAGAAGAAGCAUACUUGGUUAAUGAGUUUGAAAGUAAUGGCUUUGAUGAAGAUGGUCAAAUAGAACUUGGUACUAUUGCUAAGAUAGCAAAUGGGUUACAUCAUCAUUUCCGUGACGAUGACAAUGACCAAGUUCUUCAAUACGCCAGCAGUGAUGAUGAUAUGGAUGAUGAUAAUGAUAAUGAAGACAAUGAUAAUGACAUGGAAGAUGAUGAUUACAUUGACUUUGUUAACUUUGAACUACCGUUAUCUGAAACCGAAGAGGCCCAAAAAAAGUCAAAAUCAAAGAAGGAAACCUCCCAAGAGAGUGGUACCAGCAAGAAUAGAAACGACAACAAAGUGUCUUCUCCCCGGUUCCCCAAGCAGCAGCGUAAGCACAAGAACAAAGACAGGAAGUCAAGUGGCCUAGAUGUAACUGCAAGUGAUGAUGAAGAUGAUUCAUAUUUGUGGAAUUACUUUUUCAGUUCUGAUAGUGACUCUCACGAGAACGAAAAUGAUGGUGAUAGCGAAACCGGAAGCGAAGGGCUGUUGCAUGCUUAUGAUUCGGAUGACGAGAUGUUACUAUCCGAUGACGAAAACCGGUCGAAGUUAAUUGGAAGGCGUCCAUCAAAUGACUUAGCCACGACAGUGGAGAAACAAGCAUCAUCACCAACUAAUGAUCUUAACAAGAGACAACCUGGCAACCAAUAUCCAACUGGAUUGGAUGAGUUUUCCGAAUACGAAUAUGACAGUGGUGAUUCGACUGAUGAAGAUUUGAAUUUACCAAAGUCUUCUUCCAAAAGUAAACUUGGAUCGAAGGUUGCCAAAGAGGUUCUAUCCUCCAAAACUGCUGAUCAUCGUCCUCCAGUACUUGGAACUUGGGCUGCUGUGAGUAACAAGCCAUUUGGUAUUAUUGAUGGUUUAUCCACCAGAUCGUUAAUUACAAAGCCUUUUGAUCCCAAACAAAAGCCCAGAACUUCGUUUCCUAUCAUAACCAAUAAGGUUGAUGCAGACGAUGCAUUAGGACUCGAUGAAUUGUUGAAUGUUAGUGAAUUGGAUGACGGAGAUGAGAACGAUAUCCGUAUUUGGAGAGAUUUCAGCAAUCAUAAGAGACAGGUUCCCUUAGGAGCAUUCCGAAACAAAUCAAUAUUACAAAAUAAUGCUCUCGGGAAUCAUUAUUCUGGGGUUUAUGGUGUUCGGAACCCCCCAUCGAAUGCGUCAUCUCAUCGGAGACGAAGCUCAACGACAAAUAGUGGUAGUGCUACUGACUCUAAUGGAACAACCAAUGGAACCUCCAAGCCACAAGCCACGUCUUCUUCUUCUUCUUCUUCUUCUUCUUCAUCUGCUGCUUCUGCUUUACAAGUUUCAAAUGGAGUAUACAAAAGCGGAAGAAGAAAGUCGUCUAUUGUUGGGCCACUUUCCAAAUCAACCAGACGGAGAGCUUCGAUUGUUGAGGCAAUCUCUGAAGGAUUUCGACCUACCAAGUCUGGUCUUUUCAGUGAAGCAGCCAUGGCUGAAGUGGAAGAGACUUUUGCUGACGAUAUUGAGCUUAUGUCACUUAUUCGUGGGAUUUGA